AUGGCUACCGACGGAGUUCAGUCCGUCGCCUUGCCUGGCCAAGUGCUUGGUCCCGUCACCAAGUUUGCGCCGGGCUCUGGAACACACAUAUUCCAAGGCAAUGUCGUUUCCUCAUUAAUGGGCCAGGUUUCCAUCGUAGCCCCGGCCAAAGCUCCCGGGCCGGCCAAGAGGCUCAACAAGAUCACCGGCGCAGCUCUGCCCAAGGACGAACUGGCUACCAUCUCAGUCGCGCGUCACAGUAGCCGCCGUGAGGUCCUGCCCGAUGUUGGCAACGUUGUUCUGGCACAGGUAUUACGUCUGAUGCCAAAGCAAGCUAUCGUUAUGAUCAAGCAAGUUGGAGAUACUGUUCUGCAGACGGAGUGGCAGGGGGUUAUCCGGGUUCAGGAUGUGAGGGCGACGGAGAAGGACAAGGUGAAGAUCUACGAGUCUUUCAAGCCGGGCGACAUCGUCCGCGCACAAGUUAUUUCGCUUGGUGACCAAGCAAACUAUUAUUUGUCCACAGCACAGAAUGAGCUUGGAGUAAUUAUGGCGACAAGUGAAGCUGGGAACGACAUGGUUCCAGUGAGCUGGAAGGAAUUCAAAGAUCCGGAAACUGGCGUCAGCGAAUUAAGAAAGGUCGCAAAACCGAGCUGA